GGGGGAGCCCCAGGAGGGGAGUGCGGGGCCGAGGCCGGGCUGACGGUUAGGGACGCCGGCCUGCGCAGCGCGGCCGGAACGUCCGGCCUUUCCGCGGAGGGCAGCCUGUGGAUGUGUGUUGCGCGCUUCCCCGGGUCAGCCCGGCGGUGAGGUAGACGCAGUCCUCGGAGAAGAUGGAAGGGGAGAGGCGGCCGGCGCUGGGCCCGCCCUCCGAGGGCCUGUUUGCGGACGGGCACCUGGUCCUGUGGACGCUGUGCUCGGUGCUGCUGCCGGUGUUCAUCACCUUCUGGUGUAGCCUCCAGCGGUCGCGCCGACAGCUGCACCGCAGGGACAUCUUCCGCAAGAGCAAGCACGGGUGGCACGACACGGACCUGUUCAGCCAGCCCACCUACUGCUGCGUGUGUGCGCAGCACAUUCUGCAGGGCGCCUUCUGCGACUGCUGCGGCCUCCGCGUGGACGAGGGCUGCCUCAAGAAGGCUGACAAGCGCUUCCAGUGCAAGGAGAUCAUGCUCAAGAAUGACAGCAAGGCCCUGGACGCCAUGCCCCAUCACUGGAUCCGCGGCAACGUACCCCUGUGCAGUUACUGUGUGGUUUGCAAGCAGCAGUGCGGCAGUCAACCGAAGCUGUGCGAUUACAGGUGCAUUUGGUGCCAGAAAACAGUACAUGAUGAGUGCAUGAAAAAUAGCUUAAAGAAUGAAAAGUGUGAUUUUGGAGAAUUCAGAAACCUCAUCAUUCCACCAAGUUAUUUAACCUCCAUUAAUCAGAUGCGUAAAGACAAAAAAACAGAUUAUGAAGUGCUAGCCUCUAAGCUUGGAAAGCAGUGGACCCCAUUAAUAAUCCUGGCCAACUCCCGUAGUGGAACCAACAUGGGAGAAGGACUGUUAGGAGAAUUUAGGAUCUUGUUGAAUCCAGUCCAGGUUUUUGAUGUAACUAAAACUCCUCCUAUCAAAGCCCUACAACUUUGUACUCUUCUUCCCUAUUAUUCAGCUCGAGUACUUGUUUGUGGAGGGGAUGGGACUGUGGGCUGGGUCCUGGAUGCAGUUGAUGAAAUGAAGAUUAAGGGACAAGAAAAAUACAUUCCACAAGUUGCAGUCUUGCCUCUGGGAACAGGCAAUGAUCUAUCUAAUACACUGGGUUGGGGCACAGGUUAUGCUGGAGAAAUCCCAGUUGCACAGGUCUUAAGAAAUGUAAUGGAAGCAGAUGGAAUUAAACUAGAUCGAUGGAAAGUUCAAGUAACAAAUAAAGGAUACUACAACUUAAGAAAACCAAAGGAAUUCACAAUGAACAACUAUUUUUCUGUUGGACCUGAUGCUCUCAUGGCUCUCAAUUUUCAUGCUCAUCGUGAGAAGGCACCGUCUCUGUUUUCUAGCAGAAUUCUUAAUAAGGCUGUUUACUUAUUCUAUGGAACCAAAGAUUGCUUAGUGCAAGAAUGUAAAGAUUUGAAUAAAAGAAUUGAGCUAGAACUGGACGGUGAGCGAGUAGCAUUGCCUAAUUUGGAAGGUAUUAUAGUUCUGAACAUUGGCUACUGGGGCGGUGGCUGCAGACUUUGGGAAGGGAUGGGGGACGAGACUUACCCUCUAGCCAGGCAUGACGAUGGUUUACUGGAAGUCGUUGGAGUAUAUGGGUCUUUCCACUGUGCUCAGAUUCAAGUGAAACUGGCAAAUCCUUUCCGAAUAGGACAGGCACAUACAGUGCGGCUGAUUUUGAAGUGCUCGAUGAUGCCAAUGCAGGUAGAUGGGGAGCCUUGGGCUCAAGGGCCCUGUAUUGUCACCAUAACUCACAAGACACAUGCAUCGAUGUUAUAUUUCUCUGGAGAACAAACAGAUGAUGACAUCUCUAGUACUUCGGAUCAAGAGGACAUAAAGGAGACUGAGUAGAUGGAUAAGGAAAUGAAACUUUAGCAUAGAAACCUCUCAAGCAGACACAUGUUCAUCCAAAUGUAGAAAUUCUCCAGAAGCUAUUCAGUCUUAAUUUCACUAGUAGUAUAAUGGGUAUACAUUUAUGUAACUAGCAUCCCCCAAACAGCCAACUUCCAGUCAUUUACAAAUGUGUGGGGGUUUUUUUCUUUAUCAAAAUAACUUGAUCAUAUAUUAGCUUUUAAAAAGUCACAGAAAGUUACACAAAAGUGAAAUGUUUUUUGUGGCUGUAUGUCUUGAGAGUGGAACUCACUCUGAAGUAUGCACUGUCUGAUUCCUUGUUGAACCACAUAUUUGAUGGACACAUUAUACUACCAACAAGAUGUAGGUGGAAAGAUGAUUUCUGUCUCAAUUUUUAAAAUGGUGACGCUAUAGCAUUUUAACAGAUUAACUUGCUUUUUUAAAGGAAAUGAUUAAUGUCAAACCAGCAUGGUUAGUUCUGGGCAUCCUCAUGCAGCAUGCCUCUUAAGGUUUCCUACAGCCCAGACUGAGUGCAUCUAUGUGUAUUGACAAUACUUACAAUUUUUAUUAUAAUUUUUAUUUUAGGAACAUGUUAAGACCCCUAAAUGUUGUUUAAUUGGCCCUAUUAAUAACUGUGUGGAGCUGAAAUUCAGGAUCUUUUUUAUAACCCCAGUAUAGUCAAAAGAGAACCAGAUAAGUGAAUUGGUAAAAAAUAAAAUUAAGAGCACUUUGGAUUAAAAUUUAUAAGUUCCAAGCUGGACAAUUCAUCAACUUCUGUUUUGAUUAAAAGACAAUGUCAACAAUUUAUUUUUUACAUGUUGUUUAAAGGAAACUUAUCAGAUUAAUUUUUCAAAAAAAAAAUUUAAGGCUGACUGAUAAGUUUAAAAAAAUUCAGUGGUCUUACAGUGUUUUGAAAUACAGUAUUGUUUUAUAUCCAAUGUACUUAACAGAAUUUCCCCUUAGGGAGGUAAGUGGAUAGGAACCUCUGCUAAAUGUUUGUAUCAUAUUUAUUUUAAAAUAAGAGAGAUAUAUAUUUUUAACUUAUUUAUUAUUUACCUUGUGGUAUGAUACCUGUGUUUAGUGUUUACAUUGUAUAGCUUUAUUUAAUAAGUUAAAUUGAUCACAUAAAUUCUGCUAGUCACAAUCAGAUAGAAAUUUAGUCUAUUGAAUAAGUAAUUAAAAUCCUAAUUGAAUUCUCCAGAUAUAUUAUCCAGAUAUUCUGUUUCUCCAGAGAUAGUCUCCAGUGUUUUAAAAAAGGAGGACAUGAAAAGCACUGGGAAACUACUUUUGGAUAACUGAAAGCUUUGUUUCAUUGUUUUAUUUGUCCUUCAAUUACCAAAAACUCAUUGAAAGGCUAGUUUCAUGGUUACCCAUUAGAGGGCGCUCUGCUGCUGCUGUUGGCAGGCCGCCCUCUAAGGUCCCGCAGUUAGGUAGACCCAAGACCCAGCCUGGUGUUUUUCUGACAAAUGGUCCAUAUGUGGGCCUGGUGGUCUUUCAUGACAUUAAUUUCUGAAAGCUUAGAAUGCAUCCCCCAAAACACCAUAGCUCCCUUUAAAGGUCUGUUAUGAUUCGAAUCUCUCAUCCACAAAUUGCCAUAAACUUCAAUUUGCGUCAACUCUGGCCUAGGCUAUGUUUUCAAGGAACAACUUAGUAAUGUAUACAGUAAUCAAUACAUUAUGUAAAAUAUGACUUCUUUUGCUAAAUUAACCUCUUCCAGAUAUCCAUGGGUGAUCCUAAAUUCUAGUAUUGAAAAUUGUUGUGAACAGGUCUGAUUUUAGUUUAUAUACCUUUCACAGUAACUGUGGCAGUGGUAGGAGAGUUUUGUAGGUUUUCCUUUCUGGGUUGAUCAUGUUCUCAAUAUAAUUAAGUUUGUCCUUUAAUUCAUGAUCAAAAUUGUAGUAGAAGCAAAACAAAUAGUUAAUAUGAGAUAUAGGAAGUAAAAUAAUCAAAAUAACUACAUAGUUUUUUAAUUACUAAAACUAGUCUAACCAUAAUGUUGCACUGUAUUUACAGCAGAUUUAUACACGGUGCCCUCAUUUAUUUAAACAAAUUGAUUUUUCAAUUACCAUAAUCCAGUGAGGUUUUGUCCCUACUGACCCUUCAUGUUUCCUGCUGCUUUAUUCACUCGUUCAGACUUAAUUUUUAUUCAGGGAAGUUAUUUCAGAAUACCAUAUUAUAAAACUUAGUUUAUUUUCUUGUUUUAGCAAAAUUCACUUUUUUAGGCACAUGUACCCAGCAUUUCACAUAAAUGUAUAGGCAUAUGCCAUGUUUAAAUACAAUUUGUAAGACUUCAUGUUUGCAAGUUAUAUUAGGGUAGUAAUUGUUAAUUUACCAGGGAUUCUAUAAUUUACACAACAAUUUGCCAUAAGAUUUUCCUGUACCGUUUAAAAUUGUCUUGAUAUUAAAGAAUGAACUUCUACAUUCUCAGGAAGAAAUAUAUGAAGUAAAUCAUAUCUACAUAUCUGUUUUCAGAUAUUCUCAUCUUGUACUGUCCUAAUACAUUCCUAACUCCUUGUAAACUUAGUGGCUUAAAUACUGACUACUUUGGCAGCUUUUAUAGAUCCUAUAGGCAGAUGAUAAUUUUCAGUGCUUUGUUACGCUUAACAGAAAUGAAACUGACUUGUGUUUUAAAAUUCAAGUUGUCUAAUAGUAAGAUUACAUGAUUUAUACGUGUUUUAGGUUUUCUGCAACAAUUAGCUGGUGAACCCCUAAUGUAGGUAAUGUUUAUAAAAUUUUUAUAGUCAAAAUUAUUUAUUUUUAUUUUUUUAGGGUAUGUCAGAAAUGUGUAGUAUUUGCUUUUGGGGAUACAUUUGCCUAGUUAUAAAAUAUACUGUGACUCAGAAAUUGUAAAGUCCUUUUUGCGCUAUAAAAAUGAAUACUACCAGCAUGUCAAAGGAAAACUAAUUUGCAUUUGUAAUAUAAAGUAAAAUUGUAUUUAAUGUAUAUUAUUGAAUUUUAAAUUUGCACUAACUUGAGAACUUUAAAGGUUAUAUUAAUUUAAAGAUUAACAUGGACCUGAAUAAUACAUAAUUUGAUUGGCCAAAAAGGUCAAUAGAAUGGGUGAUAGUUUUGUGUGGUUUUCCUUCAAAAUGAUAAUAUUGAAGCCAGAACCAGCACUUUAUAUUCAGAAAUGUUUUUUUUUUAAUUCUACCCAGUUUAGGGACAGUGAAAUGUAAGUAGAUUUAUAAAAAAAAUCUACAAAUUUAAAAAGCAAAAAUAUUGUUAUUAAUCUCUCCUAAUCUGAAUGAAGGUACAUUCUCAGCAACAAGAGAGAAAAGGUGGUUUUGGUUUUACUUUAAAAAGUAUUCAUGUCCUUCCUCAAAUUUUCCCUUUAAGUCCUGGCUCUUGUUUCUCAAAGUAUCUGCAACAUCAGAAUCACUUGGGCAGGUUGUUGAUAGUAUGGAUUCCUGAACCCAGCCCUUGACUUAAUGAAUCAAUGUUUCUGGAGAUAGGAUAUAAAAAUCUCUGUUUUUGUUAACAAGCACGUCAGACAAUUCUAAUCCAUACUGAAAUUUGAAAGCUACUGGUGUAUACCUCGUGUUCACCCAGGGCUUUUGCCAGACGGAUACUAUGCAGAAAAAUUAAAUUAAUUGGAUGUUCUUAAAAUUGUUUUUCCUUCACUAACUGCCCACUUCCCCCCAAAUCAUUCUUCUGAAAGAUGGAAAAACUUGUUCAUAUCCUAACUGAAUUGAUGUAUUUGUCUGAACUCUAUUACGUAAAAAUUGAUAUGAUUUGCAUGUGGAAUCAUAGUUUUGGACUGUGAUCCAUGAAGUCUUGGAGAAUAGGAGCUGCUGUAGGAGCUAGUGCAGUGGGCCCCAAGGGACAGUGAGCAGUCCAGGCUCCUGCCUUCUCCCUUCAUUCAGGGCAGCCCCACUUCUGCGUACUGGGUGCCACUUAAGAUCUCAGUAGAUAAGAUACCUCCAUUAUUUAAAAAUGAUUCUUCUAUUUUUUUUAGAAAGGGUUUGGAAGGCACUACCAUAAUGGACUCUGUCACCUGGUUAAUUUUCUACUGAUUUUUACAUGUUCAGAAACCUCAUUUUUUUGGUGGAAAAAAUAUUUUAGAAGUCAUAGUUGCUGCUUUGAAUGUGGCCACUUGGCUGUUUCACAAUUUUUAAGGGCAUUUUAUUGAAUAGUAAAGCACUGAACUUGUGUUUCUAAUAUUAGUAUACAAAUAUACUAUUUAAUUUUAGAUAUGUAAAUACACAUACAUACACACACACACAUAUAUAUAUAUUUAUCCCCAUGACCCUGAUUGUAUAGUCAGUGCAUGCGGUUUAGAGGUCCCAAAAAGGUACAUUCCAGGGUUUAGGGAAAGAAUAGAAAAAUGUCACCCUCUAAUACAGAUGUUUGCAAAACUUAAAUGAUCAUGCUUAGCCAUCUGCAAGAAUGUCUGCAGAAAAUAAGCCACCUGGCUAACAGACCAAGGACACUUCCUCGGUCUCCCUAAGGAUGCCUUGGGCUACCUCACAAUUAAAGGAAGAUAUUGACGCAGAAUGCGCUAAACCGGAAAAAAGUAAUAAUCUAGGAAAUUUCCAUCACAUGUUACUUUCAGGUGACUAACAUGAGUUGAAAAGGAAGAGCCAGAGAGUUAGGCUGUUUUCCCUCUUCCUCUAACAUUGUCCAGACAAGAGGGCAUCCUGCUUGAAUGAGUAGAUUUGGCAUCUGAGAAAAAUCCUAGAGUAAGGCAGAAUACUGGUGUAGUUGGAUGAUGAUGGCUCAUAGGAACAUUGGUUCUCAUUACUCCAGUUCUGGGCUCUGCCAGCCAUCUUUCAAAUUUGAUCUGCUUUAAUGAACCGUACAGAUGAAUUAGCACUCUGAUUUGUAAUUCUGUUUAUAAAGUUUAGAGCUUAGCUUGAGUCCUCGCCCCAGUCACUCGUACAGCUGAGCUGAACCCACAGUGCUGAGGACACAUGUGACAUCUCCACUUGAGCAGCCAGCUGGCCUCUUGCAUUCUCUUCCCCGUCUGACCACAGGACUGUGUACCUCCUAUGUAAUUACCCUGUGUUAAUUGCUUUUGUUGUAUUGGGUCUAUGUUGUGGUCAGUGCCUACAGAUAGAAAUGAGAAUUAAAGCGUUUGAUGUGUUUAA